UCAAUCGCAUACCUUUUAUAACCGCCCGUCGGCAGAGACACGAAUUAUGAUCACUUUACGAGAAAUCAGAGAACAAAAUGCGGGCUAGUAUAGUCAUAUGAAUGAACAAAUGUGAUUGCAAAAUAGGAAACUAUCUUGGAAAGCACCAAUAACAUAUAGGGGAUCACUGUUGUUUGUAUCAACCAAUCAAUAUUUAAAAAGUAAACAACGGGCGCGAAUUAAGCGCCUUUAAGAAGUGUAUUUCGAAUCCAUAGUCAUUAGAAAGUGUUUAAUAUUUAUACGCUGAAAGCGACUUGUUCUUAUUGUCAAGGGAGGAAUUUGACAUAGGCUUGCAAAGCGGGAAUAUCCCCAGACAGUCUGCUUUAACCUCGCUUGUCUGAAUUCCCGCCGGUUACGAUAUGUCUGACGAUGAGAAAGUUCAUUUGAUGAAUGGAGGAGGGUCAACAAAGGGGAAUUCCCUGAGCGACGGAGGCAGCGGCGAUGGCGAAGGGGGCGAUGAAAACCUCAAAUACGAAGAUGUACCGGUGUACACGACAUGCCCAUUCUGUCAGGAAAAAAUCGUCACGAGAACAAGCUUCAAGAGCGGGAAAUACACUUACUGGACGUCAGCUUGUCUCUGUAUUUUUCAGUGUUACUGCUGUGUGUGGAUCCCGUUCAUACUGGAUGGCCUUAAAAAUGUCGUUCACACGUGUCCAAAAUGUGGCUCGAAAAUAGCCGAGUAUAGUAGACUACGUAUGGAUCGAAUUUGGAAAAAGAAAAAGAAACACAGGCAAGCCCAGCAUUCCUUUCGCGCCGGGUCGAGAUGAGGACAGUUUCCCGGAUGUGAAAGGAACAUGAAUGAAUUUAGUUGUAAUAAUGGUGGCUUUUUACUUUUUUGACUUAUUCGAAUUUUAUCAU